AUGGAGACUAAUUCUGCAAAAGUCAACGCGAAAAACGACAUAGCCGCUUCCACCUCUAAUAUCUCUUCCUCUACCACAACUAAUUAUAAAACUAAUAAUGUCACCACUUCUAAAGAACCCCUAAAUUCACCUCUGUCUGCUUACUCAUUCCAAAUUUCGAAAUUCACAAAAGCAGAAACCGGCGAACAUAAAAAGAUAAAAUACAGCAUAAUAACGAGCAAUUCUGCAACAAAAUAUAAUACACCAACAAGCAAUCCACCAAAGAAAAAGCGAGGUAGAAAGAAGAAAAUGGAGGAUGAAGAUUAUGAGCCACCAAAGAAAAUGCGAGCGUCAAAAGAAAGAUCAAUUGCGAAAUGGGUCAAUGGAAUCUUCAAAGAUUUGAGAAUCUUUAUUGUGCCGCAAAAUAUUGACAAAGUGAGACUAGAAUUUUUGAAAACGAGGAUCAAGGAAAGAGGCGGAUCAGUAUUGGAGCUAUUCGUUGUUCUUAAUGUAACGCAUGUCAUUACAGAGUUAAAAGGAAAAAAAGUAAUUCAAGCUUUAAAUAUAAAUAAAGCGGAAGAAUUAUCAGAGCAUGGAAUAAAAGUUACAAACGCGAAUUGGAUCUCGGAUUCGAUCAUGUAUAAUAAGCUUUUAGAGAUCGAUAAUUAUGUUGUGCAUUUAUAUGGCACCAAUUCACGCGAGAUUACUAUCAAUCCACUCCAAACCACGUCAGAAUCAUUGAAACUUGAGAAGAAAUUCGAUGAGCAAGACGAGACUACUACUACAAUCAACAAUGAUGAAGUACCCACGAAAAAUUAUAAUAGCAGUUCGGAUUCCGGAAAAAACUUUUUGAAUACUAUCAACACUCCUAAUAAUGACAAAAUGGUAAAUGCUUCCCAAGAAGAUCCCUUAAAAGAAAUCAUUGCUGAAGCAAAGCAUCUUACUGAAGAGGGAAUUUACUCGGAUGAAGAAGACGAAGAUCAUGAUCAGGAGGACUCAAACGCAUCUGCUAGACAUCAUGAAUCCAUAGGUGCAACAGAAUCCGCUGAAGAUGAACUGACGACGUCGCAUGAUAUUGUUGACAAUACAUCCGAUAAUGUUAAUAAUCAUAAAAAUAAAUCAGCUUCACCGAUAAGUAAAACAGGAGAAGGAGAAAUUUUCCGUUUGAAAACAAUUGAUUUUUCUAGCUAUCAAACCUCUUUCGUUUAUAUGCAUAAGCAUACCUAUGGAGAAAUUAAUGAAAAUCCGAAUAAAUUAAUCAUUGAUAAGCUUAAUUUGAUGUUGGAACAUUAUCAAAAGACAAAUAAAGAUCAAUGGCGGAUUUUGGCCUAUCGCAAAGCUAUAUCUGUUUUGAAAAAUCAAAAGAAACCCAUAACUUCUUAUGAGGAAGCUAAAAAAAUUCCUGGUAUUGGAGAUCGCACUGCAAAGAAGAUCGUGGAAAUUAUUGAAACAGGUCAUCUCAAAAGGUUAGAUAUUUCUGGAGAAGCCGAACCUGUCUUUACGAUGUUUACACAGAUUCAUGGCGUCGGAGUUAUUCAAGCACUUAAGUGGUACGCCCAAGGAUAUAGAACACGCGAAGAAUUAUUAAGGAAUGUUAAACUUACUCAUGCACAGAGAGCGGGAAUUCUUUGUUUUGAAGAUUUGCAAGAACGUAUGAGUAGAGACGAAGUGAUGAAAAUUUUCAAGUUUAUAGAAGAUGCAGCACAUAGCAUUGACUCUAAAUUAGAAU